AUGCUCUUGUCUGGGGGUGACCCCCCGACUCAGGAAUGGUUCAUGGUGCAGACAAAAUCGAAGCCUCGGGUGCAGAGGCAGCGGCUGCAAGUGCAGCGCAUCUUCAGGGUCAAGCUGAACGCCUUCCAGAGCCGCCCCGACACCCCCUAUUUCUGGCUGCAACUUGAGGGGCCCCGGGAGAACACCGGCAAAGCCAAGGAGUACCUGAAGGGCCUGUGCAGCCCAGAGCUGUGGAAGGAGGUCCGCUACCCGCCGCUGCUGCACUGCGCCUUCCUGGGGGCCCAGGGCCUCUUCCUGGACUGCCUCUGCUGGAGCACCCUGGCCUACCUGGUGCCCGGUCCCCCUGGCUCCCUGAUGGUGGGCGGGCUGACCGAGUCUUUCACCAUGACCCAGAAUUGGCUGGAGGAGCUGGUGGCACGGCUGCGCUGGGGCCCUGCCCCUCUGCUGACUCCUCGUGGUAUCUGGGAGGCUGAAGUGACCCGGGCCUUUGGGGCCCUGGUUUGGAUCCGUGGUGACCAGUAUGCGGGGGACCUCCUUCAGCUGCCUCCAGCAGUCCAGGAGCUGCUGCUGAGCCUGGUACGGGAUGCCGCAGGGAAGGAGGACAUCAUUGAGUGGCUCAGCCACUUUGGCAUCUCCAACACCCACUCCAACCAGGAGGUGCUGAUUUGCCCUCCUCAGCAAAAGAAGGAAGGCCUGGCCAUGGUGUCCAUGGGAGAGAGUCCUGGGUCCUUUCUGGAGAUGGGUACCCUGCAGAAAGGGGGCCUGGAAAGUCCAAAGAGAUUAACCAGCCUAGGAGCCACUGGGUCCCUGAUCCCAACCCAGAGCACACAACAGGAGACAGCAAACCAGCUGGUACGGGUCGGUUCCAGCAACCAAGGUGGUAAGGACCGUGCUCAAGAGGAGGGGCCGUUGCAAGCCAGCAGCAGCCGAGACUCUUCGAACCACUCACAAACCUUGUUACAGCAAAGACAGGUCCAGAGGGUGGAAGAUAAACUCCCCUUCCAGGCUCCUGUGUCAGCCCUGGGAGUGUGUCCAUCCUGGAAGGCCUGGGCCCCGGGGCCAGCCUUUGGUCCCUUGUGGCCUGGGGCUAUUGCUGCAACCUUCUGGAGGAUCAAUGAACUGCAUUCUCUGCACCUGGCUUGGCUCCUGUCCCAGGCGGGCUUCAAUUUCCCUUUCUGGCAGAGGCCAGUGGGCCCCAUUCAGCUGAAAUUGCCAGGGCAGAAUCCUUUGCCCUUAAAUCUGGAGUGGAAGCAGAAGGAGCUGACUCCUCUGCCCAGUGCAGAAAGCCCAGCUUGUAGACUGGAUGGGGAGCUGGGAGGAGAGACAGCCCUACGGAAUUUACCAAGGCCAGAGACCUCCCCUAAAAUCACAAGUUUAUUGGUGGUCCCAGCAGGCUCUGCUGUAAAGGACAAACUUAGUCCAGGACUUCCACAGAUAGGGCCACCUUUGACCUCUGCACCCCAACUACAAGCUAGAGGUGAGCUUGGGGAUCAAGGAAGUAUGCCGUUGGAUUGUAAGGGCCUAGAAAAGGGGCCCUCUCCAGCACUACCCUCAGAGCAAGGGAUGCUCACAGAGCAAGAGGUGCCCACAACUCAAGGGAGGCCCAUGGCUCAAGGUCAUCUGACAGCCCAGCUAGUACCUGAAGCUCAGACAGUGCCUGAAACUCUCAAAGUGCCCCUGGGUGCAGCAGUGCGCAAAGCUGAAAACCCACCCAUAAUCCAAAGACUGCCUACAGCUCCCAAAGUGCCUACUGCCCCACUGAUGCCGGCAGCACACACAGAGCCUGCAGCUCCCAAAGUGCCUUUGGGUCCAACAAAGCCAGCAGUUUCUGUGAUGCCCACCACUGAAAAAGCAGCCAUGGAUCAACUGGUAUCGGAAUCAGCAUUGACAGCUCAGGUGUUGUCUGCAACUCCAAAGACUCCCACAGCUCAGAAGAUGCCUGCAAUGAAAACAUCACCUGUAGGUCCCCAAACACCCAAAGCUCAAGCCAGGCCUGUGCCUAAAUCAGGGUCUACAGCUUCCAAAGCACCUGCAGCUCCCAAAACACCUGUGAUCCCCAAAGCACCUGCAACUUCUAAAGCCUCCAGAGCUUCCAAGACGCCUGCACCCCAGAAAGUGCCCACAGAUGCAGGGCCCACGUUGGAUGUAGCCAAACUUCUGAGUGAGGUCCACCCUUCAUCAAGGGGUAGUAGAUCCUCACCAAAGGGCCAGGCGGCUGGAAGGCAGGGUCCCCAGCCCAACAGUACCCUAGCCCUCAGCAGCAAGCAUCCAUUCCUGAUGGAGGGGCUCCUGGGGGCUUGGGAAGGCACCCCAAGGCAGCCAUCUCGCCACCAACAGGCAAGCAACACAGUGACCAGCUUCCAGAGGUACCAUGAGGCCCUGAACACACCCUUUGAGUUGAAUUUGUCAGGGGAACCUGGAAACCAGGAGUUGCGACGAGUGGUUAUUGACGGCAGCAGUGUGGCCAUGGUGCAUGGCCUCCAGCACUUCUUCUCCUGCCGAGGCAUUGCCAUGGCAGUGCAGUAUUUCUGGAACCGGGGACACCGAGAAGUCACUGUAUUUGUGCCCACCUGGCAGCUGAAGAAGAACCGGAGGGUGAGAGAGAGCCACUUCCUGACGAAGCUCCAUUCACUCAAGAUGCUUUCAAUCACCCCUUCCCAGCUGGAGAAUGGCAAGAAGAUCACCACCUAUGAUUAUAGGUUCAUGGUAAAGCUGGCGGAAGAGACAGAUGGCAUCAUUGUCACCAAUGAGCAGAUUCACAUCCUGAUGAAUAAUUCCAAGAAACUGAUGGUCAAAAAUCGCCUUCUGCCCUUCACCUUUGCGGGGAAUCUCUUCAUGGUACCAGAUGAUCCAUUGGGCCGAGAUGGCCCUACUUUGGAUGAGUUUCUGAAGAAGCCAAACAGGUUGGACACAGACAUUGGCAACUUCCUGAAGGUGUGGAAGACCCUUCCUCCCAGCUCAGCCCGCAUCUCUGAGCUGAGUGAUGAUGUUGACACUGGGCCCCUGCAGGAGCCACAGAAUGUGGAAGAAGUCAGAGAGGAGAAGGAAGAACAGCAGGAAGAGGAGCCGAGGGAGGAGCAGGGGUGGCCAAAGCUGGAAGAGGAGGGGGACGACCUUGACUCUUCCCUGGCAUCAGUGUUCCGAGCCGAGUGCCCUUCCCUUUCGGAGGAAAUCCUCCGGUGCCUCAGUCUCCACGACCCCCCUGAUGGGGCCCUAGAUAUCGAUCUCCUGCCAGGUGUGGCCUCUCCCUACCUGGGCAUCCCCUGGGAUGGGGGGGCUCCCUGCCAGCAGGUCCUCACCCAGCUGGCCCAGCUAUCCAUCCCCAGCAACUUCACCGCGCUUUCCUUCUUUGUGGGGUUCAUGGAUUCCCAUCGGGAUGCCAUCCCUGACUAUGAAGCCCUGAUGGGCCCCCUGCACAGCCUCCUAAAGCAGAAGCCAGACUGGCAGUGGGACCGGGAGCAUGAAAAGGCCUUCCUGGCCCUGAAGCGAGCCCUGGUGUCCGCCCUCUGCCUGACGGCCCCCAACUCCCAGCUGCCCUUCCGCCUGGAGGUGAUGGUGAGCCAAGUGGCCCUGACAGCCAUCCUCCACCAGGAACACUCAGGGAGGAAGCACCCCAUCGCCUACACCUCGAAACCCCUCCUCCCCGAUGAGGAGAGCGAGGGUCCCCAGUCAGGUGGAGACAGCCCCUAUGCGGUGGCCUGGGCCCUCAAGCAUUUCUCCCGCUGCAUUGGAGACACUCCAGUGGUCCUAGACCUUUGCUAUGCCUCCAGGACCACUGCAGACCCUGAGGCAAGGGAGGGCCGCAGGGUUUCCAAAGCAUGGUUGAUCCGAUGGUCCCUCUUGGUACAGGACAAAGGCAAGAGGGCCCUGGAAUUGACCCUUCUCCAGGGCCUGCUGAGGGAAAACCGGCUACUAAUGCCAGCUUCCUCAAUGCCCCGUUUCUUCCAGGUUCUGCCUCCGUUUUCUGACCUGUCCACUUUUGUCUGCAUCCACAUGUCUGGCUAUUGCUUUUACCGUGAGGAUGAGUGGUGUGCUGGCUUUGGUCUCUAUGUCCUGUCUCCUACCAGCGCCCCUGUCUCUCUGUCCUUCUCUUGCUCUCCUUACACACCCACCUAUGCCCACCUGGCAGCUGUGGCUUGUGGCCUGGAGCGCUUUGGCCAGUCCCAGCUCCCGGUGGUUUUCCUCACCCACUGCAACUGGAUCUUCAGCCUCCUUUGGGAGCUCCUGCCCCUCUGGAGGGCGCGGGGCUUCCUAUCCUCUGAUGGGGCUCCACUACCUCACCCAAGCCUGCUUUCCUACAUCAUAUCCCUCACUUCUGGUCUGUCAUCCCUUCCAUUUAUCUACCGAACCUCCUACCGGGGCUCUCUGUUUGCUGUGACAGUGGAUACCCUGGCCAAGCAGGGUGCCCAAGGGGCUGGGCAGUGGUGGAAUUUACCAAAGGAUGUGCCGGUCCCUGUAGUGACUGCCCAUACUACGGGCAAGAAGCCCAACUUGCUGGCAUUACAGUUGAGUGACAGCACCCUGGCUGAUAUCAUCGCCAAGCUGCAGGCUGGGCAGAAGUUAUCUGGCUCCUCCCCCUUCAGUUCUGCCUUUAACUCCCUCAGCCUUGACAAGGAGAGUGGUCUGCUGAUGUUCAAGGGAGAUAAAAAGCCCAGGGUCUGGGUAGUCCCAACACAACUCCGGAGGGAUCUGAUUUUCUCGGUGCAUGACAUCCCCAUGGGUGCCCACCAGAGGCCAGAGGAGACCUAUAAGAAGCUGAGGUUGCUGGGGUGGUGGCCUGGCAUGCAGGAGCAUGUGAGAGAUUACUGCAGGAGCUGCUUGUUCUGCAUCCCCCGCAAUCUUAUAGGCAGUGAGUUGAAGGUUAUUGAGUCACCUUGGCCCCUCAGGUCUACUGCCCCUUGGUCCAACCUGCAGAUAGAGGUGGUGGGUCCAGUAACUGUAAGCGAGGAGGGCCACAAGCAUGUGCUCAUUGUGGCUGACCCUAACACCAGGUGGGUAGAAGCGUUCCCACUGAGGCCCUACACGCAUGUGGCUGUGGCCCAGGUAUUGCUUCAGCACGUAUUUGCCAGGUGGGGUGUCCCUGUGAGGCUGGAGGCGGCCCAGGGCCCUCAGUUUGCCCGGCAUGUCCUGGUGAGCUGUGGGCUGGCCCUGGGAGCUCAGGUGACCACCCUGAGUAGGGACCUCCAGUUCCCCUGCCUGGCGAGCUCAGAGGUCUACUGGGAAUUCAAGAGGGCCCUGAAGGAGUUCAUCUUCCUACAUGGCAAGAAGUGGGCAGCCUCCCUGCCCUUGCUGCACCUGGCCUUCAGAACCUCCUCCUCAGAGGCCACGCCCUUCCAGGUCCUGACUGGGGGUGAGGUGAGGGUGAGUGAGCCCCUGUGGUGGGAGAUGAGCAGUGCCAACAUCGAAGGGCUUAAGAUGGAUAUCUUCCUGCUACAGCUGAUUAGGGAGCUGCUGGAUCUCCACUGCAGGGUGGCCGAAAAGGCAAGUGAGAAGGCUGACAACCGGCGUUUCAAACGGGAGAGCCAGGAGAAGGAGUGGAACGUGGGGGACCAGGUCCUCUUGCUGUCCCUCCCCAGGAAUGGCAGCAGUGCCAAAUGGGUGGGUCCUUUCUAUAUUGGGGACCGGCUGAGCCUGUCGCUCUAUAGAGUGUGGGGCUUCCCAACCCCAGAGAAGCUGGGAUGCAUCUAUCCCAGCAGUCUGAUGAAGGCCUUUGCCAAGAAUGGCACACCCCUGUCCUUCAAGGUCUUGGAGCAGUGAGCUGGAGCAGUUGUGGAGGCCCCUGCCCAGGAGUCCUGGGUUUCUGCUGCUAGGCCACCCCCAACCCACCCCCCGCUUCAG